GCUGCUUCAUCAGAGGAUAAAAACCUAAUGGCCAGAGUGCCGCAACUAAAUAAAGAAUCGUAUGUUCCUUGCAUUCCUCUAAGUGAGCUUCCAAAGCCCGGAAGUGCAACUUCCGGAAUUGCCGGUGGCCUUGCUAUUUGCAUCGCCGUCGACAAGAAAGGAUCCGUCUACGCUCUCGGAGACAAGUGCCCUCCGGUCAACCAGCCCCUUUCGUUCGGUAAAGUCAACCCCGACGGAACUAUCCAAGACCCCGUUCUGGGAACCAAGUUUUCGUUGAAGACUGGUGACGUUGUUGGAGCCUGGUGCCCAUCCGGAAUCGGCAAACUUCUCGGAGGAGCCUUCACUCCCAGUGGUGUCCCGACCUACCCGGUGCGUCAGCGAGGUGGAAGCCUCGAAGUGCAGGUCGACGUCAACUACAAAGCCAACUUUGAAAAGAGCUACUGGACCGGAGUUUUGGACGCCCAGGGAAAAUCGGAUGGAACUUACUACUAA